AUGAAAUAAAGUCAAUAAUCUAUUCUUAAGUUGCGCCCAUACAAGAAAGUGCCUUAAGAUAAAAAAAAGCAACUAGUUGAACUGGUAUUUUAGAAAGAUUGGAAAAUAAAAUAAGUUUCUAUUUAUUAUUAUAAUCUAGGCUUCACAUUAUCUACGUAUAAAUUAUGCUACUGCUAAGAAUAUCAUUUUGAAAUAUAGAAAGACUAUUAUUCAAAAAAAAACAACUUAGCUUCCAGAAUCAAAGAGAUGCCAGUACAAAUUGAUUGGAUUAUCUAAAUCAAUAAUAAAAGUAAUAAGCAGCUAAGGAGGAAUAAAGAUAUAGGAUUUGUGA